AUGUCUUCUCAAGGCUCAAGCCGGGGGGCGGGCCAGGACCUGCGGGUGCUUUUUUUGCACGAUCUGGAUUCAGCCCCUGGCAGUGAAAAGCAGCGCCUUCUGGAAAAGGCUCUUGGGAAACAAAGAGUGAAGGCUCCCAACUUGAAGACACGACAGACCAUCAUGGUCUUUGUCCUCAUCUUCUUGAUCCUGACCAUCUGCCUCCUCAGCACGGUCAUAGCAGCUGCCGUGCUGGCGAAGUGGUAUGUCGGCUUGGGCGUCUUUAUCGCAUCGGGAGUAGUGCUCCUUCUGACGUAUUGGUUCGGCGGGAAGGCUGCCACGCGCUACAUGUGGCAAAAGGCCAUUCGCAUAGCAGAGAAGAAAUUUAGGGAACAGCGAUCCAACGUCAUCGUCGCCACGUCCUUCGGGUCCGUGGUUUCCCUCAGCAUGGAUAUCCCGAAAGUGCCAAUGUACUCUAGAUUUAUGCGCCUGCGCAACGGCUUCACGCUGCACGGGAUCCCCUACGUUGUGAUUGUGCACGGCUCGGGGGAUAAAACUGUUCCUCUGGAUGAUUCGAUCCGUCUGCUUGAAACAGCAGAUGGGCCGGGUCGCAGCCGUCUAGAAGUCAUAAAUGACACGCAUACGCUGAAGUCUAUUAAGCCGGAGGAGCUGCGUCAGUGGGUGGAGGAGGUGUACACACAGGGGAAGCAGCAGGUGAGGGUCCUCGCCGAUUCCGGCGCAAAGAAUGUGGACCCGUCCUUGUAUGAGUGGGAAGAUCAGGAUACAGACGCUACGAGGGCAGCUAAGCAAGGACACGAAAAUGGAGACGAAGAGUCGAGCAGAGGAACCAGCGCCACGCAGGAGCCAGCAGGGACUGGCAGCGUCUGA